GUCUCAGACUGUCAUCAAGUGAUUGAUUGAGUGAUUGGAUCAGUUGUAUGAAGACAAGCCAUUGUAUGCUUUCACUCAUUCGUACACAUGUUUAAUGAUCUGAAAAUCUAAUGCCAAUCGUGUUGUCUAUUGAUCGCGUGAUUACUGGUUAUAAGUCAUACAAUAAAAGCAAGUCUUGAAUGUUAUAUAACAGUGGACGCAAUCAUUAGUGCAUUACUAUUGCAUUACUAUUGCAUUAUUGCAUUACAAUGGCAUUGAUGUUGACGUGACUUCACAUUGCAUUGCAAACCAAUGAAUCAAUUCAUUUGAACACAACUUGAUUGCCACUAAACCAAAGCUCUAAGCAAAUAGGCUCUCAUUGUGCCGUAAUUGCCACCAAUUGAUCCAUUGGUCACAUUUGCAACCAAUCAAUCCAUACGUGUAGGCAAUUGAGCGCCAAUUUGACCAUUAAUUAGUGUCUAAGUGUUGCCGGCAGUGGACAGGGAGUGGACAGGGAGUGCAAUGGGAGCACAGGUGUCACGCAAUGACUACGAAUGGGUCUUCACUGACGAACCACACGCCACCCGAAGAGCUCUAAUUCUGGCCAAAUAUCCGCAGAUAAAGAAGUUGAUGAAAGUGGACCCACACUUCAAAUGGACAGUACUUCUCAUGGUUUUGACGCAAAUCGUGUCGUUUUAUUUGCUGAGAAACACGACAUCCUUUUGGUUGCUACUAGUGGUGGCCUAUUGUUUCGGUGGUGUUAUCAACCAUUCAUUAAUGUUAGCCAUUCAUGAGAUAUCACACAAUCAGGCCUUUGGUGCCUCACAGCCGAUGGCCAACAAGAUUUUCGGCAUUAUAGCCAACCUUCCCAUCGGUUUUCCGUUUUCGGUGUCAUUCAAGAAGUACCACAUAGAGCACCACCGAUUCCAAGGAGACGACAUCCUUGACACCGACAUUCCGUCCCGUUUCGAAGCUCAGGUAUUCACGACCACGUGGACCAAGGUGAUCUGGGUCAUUCUGCAGCCAUUCUUCUACGCUCUGCGACCGCUGUUCGUUCACCCGAAGAAACCCACUCUUCUCGAGUUCGCUAAUGUCGUCACUCAGCUGUCGUUUGACUUCGUCAUCGGCCAGACACUGGGCUGGCAUGUCGUGGCGUAUAUGGUGUGCGGCUCACUCAUAGCCAUGGGUUUACACCCAGUGGCCGGACAUUUCAUAUCCGAGCACUACAUCAUGUUUAAGGAGAACAAGGAUCAGGUC